AUGGCUCGCACCAAACGAAAAUCCCCUGUUGUUGCCGCUGCUUCAUCUUCCUCAUCAGCCUCCGAUGAUGUUCCUGUCGCGGCAUUGCGGAAGAAAAUGAAAGGAAAGCAAAACGUGCCGAAAUCAAAAUCAGUUAGUGAGUCUUCUCACUCAUCCAAGGGUGUCGAAUCCCCUAAAUCGACGUCAGAAAAGAAAAAGACGGUACAGAAGCAAGGGACAGAUGCUAAAAAGAAAAUGGGCUGGUUGGGUGUCUGUGAAUGUGCAAAUGAGUACUACCUUAGGCUUAUACAAGAAUUUUAUAGAACCAUGAGAACUGUUGAUGAUGAGGAUCGAUUUGAAGUGAUUUUGAAUACAACUACAUAUAGUGUUUCUGUUGAACUGAUAGCCACGGCUUUGAAAUUGCCCAAUGAUGGAAAUAAAAUUUCCUCACAUAAGGAUGUUGCUAGGGUGGCAGGGUUCAAUCUGAUUGAGUUUGAAAAUGAGGUGUUCCCUGUUAACACUGCCAAAAAUGAGAAAUCCACCAGUACCAAAGCCCUCCAGCAUAUCAAAAUUAUUCACAGUAUGGUGAACUAUGUGUUCUGUCCGAAAUCUGGCAGUUAUGGGUAUUUGAGUCACUUGGACAUGUGUAUUAUGUGGCAUAUUGUGCAUAAAGUUAGAUUGAAUCUAGCUUAUUUAAUUUUCAAAAACAUGUGCAAAGCUUACGGAAUUGGAAAACUGCCGUAUGCACACCUUCUGUCUGCUGUGUUUAAAGAGCUACAUGUGAAUGUUUCUAAGGAAAGCUCUAGGGCUGACUUGAUAGUGCUUAGAGAAAUACAUUCAGACACUGAUGGGAGAAAAACAAGAUUUGAAAAGGGUGGUUCCUCCUCUGCUAAAGUUGAUUCUGGUUCUGCUAGUGAAGUUUUGAAUGAAAUUCAAGGGAUAAAAGCUACUGUUAAUGAACAUUUUAGUUCAACAAAUCAGUCCCUUGACAUUCUCAGAAAAUUUGUGGAUGUGGUUGACUAUAAAGUGAGUCACCUGCUCACUCAAAAUGAGGAGUUAAAGAAGCUGAUUAUGGCUCUUCAGCAGGCCAAGGAAAUUGGAGUUCCAACUAAAGUUGAGGCUGCUACUCAGAUUUCUGCUGAUAAGGAAGAAAGCAACAAAGUUGAAGAGUCUCCUGCUGAUAUGGCAUGUGAAAGUGGUCAAGUUGCUGAAGCUGAACUUGAACCUGUAGUGGAUGCCCAUGAUGAGCAUGUUAGUGACCAGGUUCUUGAACCUGAAAUUGGUCCUACAGCUAAUGUACCUACUGAACUUGAUGGUAACAAGGUUGUAGAAGCUGAAAGUGAGUUACCAAAGGAAGGUGAAAAGGUUCUAGAAUCUGAACAAGUUGUUGAACCUCCUCCUGCUCCACUAGUUGAGCCAGCUGCUGCUCCUACGCAACACCAGGAACCUUCUUUAAAAGAUCACCAAGCUAGUGCUCAAACUCAUUUAUUCGCAGCUGUCGCCUCGCAAAGAAAGAAGACCCUCGCUGCUGCUCUUCAACCACCUUCUGAAGAUGAUGAGGCCGACAAAGAUGGUCAAGUGGCUGACCAAGCACCUCCGGCCCCUGUUAUUAAACUGCCUAGGAAGAAAAUGGUGUCUUCAAAAUCCACUCGCAGGAAGCAUCAAAUCAGAGAUUGUCUAAGGAGGACUGCUACAGUUACUCCAGCAUCAGUAGAUAAGCCUACCCCUACAGCUCAAAGGGGUAGAAGGCAGGGUAAAUCUGAGGUAGCUAGUACAUCACAGAGGCUAACAACAGAAUCAGCUGAGAGGUUAGAGGCCAGGGCACUAGCAAGGACGUAUGCCAUGAGAGCUCAGGAGGAGUAG